AUGGACUUGGAUGAGUGUGUCAGGGACCCGUUCUCGAGUGAGGGUCUGUGGAGACUCUCCGAGUUCACUCUGCAAUGUCUGCAGCCGUUGGAGGCCCUGCCGUGGGAUGAGAGGCUACCAGAUCUCUCCGGCGGAGUCUUCAAACUACCUCUAGACAUCUUUGACAAGGUUGCGCCUCGGAUACCUGAGCUCGACGUUUUCGAAACCAGCUUCUGUGACCCGGAACCACCACUGCUACCGACAUUAGAUACCUCGAGCGAAAGCCAGUUCGAGACAAGUUUCGAUCAAAACGAGGAGACGGAACAAACGGAAGUCGGGCAACAGCCUCUUGAUGACAUCUGGGCGCCGGAUAACAUUCUGCCUAAUCCUGACCAUGAAGUCUCACUUAAUUCCUGGGAGAAGUUCUUUGACCGAAACCACCGUGAGCAAGUAACCGCAUAUUUCAGCGAGUCCGGCGCCAAAGGCUUCGACGCAGCAUUAGCACAUCAGGCUGCCAAGAACAACAGCCCAGAAAGACAUCUCAUUGUUCGCAACGGUGUCUAUUUCCAGGCCUUGUUUAGACUCGGAUUGGGCUGGGGUUCCAAGUUCUUUCGCUACAAUGAACAACAUAACACAUUCGAGGUCGUGCACGACAAUCUUCGCAUCUCCGGCAUCACUUCUACUACACUCAAGGCGGUCACAACUGAUUUGAUUGAGUGCGGAACCAAAAUGCAGAAGAUUCGACGCUUCGUAGACAGGAUUCCUGUCAAGUCGAACGAACUAUCGACGCUCAGCGCUUUCUCUAGCGCAGCAGCGGUUAUCAUCUACACCCUUGAAAAGCAACUCGCCAGACAUGUCAGCCAUAUUGCUUCACUCCUUCAGAUCAAGAGCCUCUUCGCGCAAUGUGGGGAUCUCGUGCAUGUGCUAGCGAACAUGGUUGACGCUGUCCAGGGAUCAGUGUCCGAGACCCAACUGAUCUCCAUCGUCCUCGAACGAGCGGCCCACUUCUCACAGGUCUUUGGCCAGAUGGAGCCUCUUUUGCGACAAGUUAUUGCUCGGGUUAUGGAACCUUGGCUCUCUUAUGUGGAAACUUGGGUGGGGUUCCAGCCGGAGACUUUGACUUCGAUUGAGCUCGCGUCCAGCGGGAGAACCUUUGUGUUUCGCGAGACAACGGAUACCCACACAUUCUCGUCUAGGGCGACAACAGUCGAUUAUAGAUUCCUCCCAGAUUUGAUGCCAUCUUUCGUUCCUUCGGACCAGGCACAGCUUAUCUUCGAAACUGGACGGAGUUUACGGCUUCUCAAGCGAAAUCACCCACAACACCCAAUCGCAAGCCACGCGGCCUAUGGUGCUGAGUCCGUCAAGCUUGACUGUGCUGGCAGCUGGUUUGACAUCGAGAAGAUUCAGAGAAAGGCAUCUGAUUACGAGGCGCGGCUGCGUGCUGCAAUCCUGAAAUACAACCGAGGGGAACAGCUCGACACACCCGCCGCUGCAGCGUCACUUGCUCCGAACCACGAGACGGACAGCGAGACUGACGGGGCGUUCGAGUUGCUCGACAUCGACAAGGCCUCGAAGACAGCCGGCCUCCUGCCAGACGACGCGGCUUUGUCGCAGAGUCGACUCGGACGCCUAAUCGAAGAAGCCCGUCCACUUCACCUCGAGUCUCCGCACACCCAGAGCCACGACCUCAGUCCCGAACUGACAUCCACGCCUUACCUGUCCCUCGCGCCUCUCCUAUCCUCUCAAGCCAUUCUCAUCGACUACUCCUGCCUACACAUGCUCUUCAAAGAACACCACCUGCGCACCCACCUCACCCUCCAAUGGCGCUUCCAACUCUUGGGGGAUGGCUUCUUCACCACCCGUCUCUUCCACGCCCUUUUCGAUCCCGAGAUGACCAGCGGCGAGCGCAAAUCCGGCGUCGUCCGCACCGCCGUCCACACCGGCCUUCGCUUGGGGACCCGUAGCCGCGACACCUGGCCCCCCGCCAGCUCCGAAUUGCGCCUCGUCUUGAUCGGUCUCCUCGACGAAUCUUCUUCCUCCUCCUCCUCCACCAAGAACACAACCAACCCCACCAACGACCCCCAACCCAACGACACCCUAAGCUUCUCAAUCCGCACCCUCAGCCCCGCCGCCACCCAGCGCGCCCGCAACCCGCACGCGCUCGAAGCGCUCGACUUCCUCCGGCUAAUCUACACCCCGCCCACCGCCGUCCUCGCCACGAUCUUCACCGCGAACGCCCUCACCAAAUACGAUCUCCUCUUCAAACACCUCCUCCGUCUCCAGCGCAUGGUCUCCGUCGCGACGACGCUGAUCCGCGACGCCACGGCCCGCACCUCCCUGUCCGGCGACCCGCACAACAUCUACCAGCGCUUCCGCGUCGAGGCGCAGCACUUCGUCCUCGCCGUCGCCGACUACUGCUGCCACGUCGCCGUCGGCGCGGCGUGGACGCGCUUCCAGGACCGUCUGGCCCGCGUCGAGGCGUGUCUAGACCGCGGGGACAUCGAUGGCGCGAUCGACGCGGCCGCCGGCUCGGUGCCGCGGCUCCGCGAGAUGCACGAGGCCAUGCUGGACGAGAUGCUGCGGGCGAUGAUGUUGAGCGGCGAGGCGGAGCUGGAGCUUGAGCAGUCGGAUCAGAGCUCUGCACAAGAAGCACAACACGAUAAUCAUCAGCAACUGGACAAGGCGAGGCGGUGGCUCGAGGCGUGCUUCACUUCGAUACUGGAGUUCGCGCCUUUCUCGCUGGUCGACGGGGCGGACGGGGUGAGGGGUCCCCAGGCCGUGGAGGAGGUCCGUCGCUUGUAUCUCCUGUUCCGGAAACAGGUCGCGGGGUUCCUGGCGUGUUUGAGGGGCGUGGAUGGUGGUGGUGCUAGUGGUGUUGAGCCGGUGUCUUCCUCGUUUACUGGUCGGAGAGCGUGGGGGAGGGAGGGCCUGACGAGCGUGUUUGAUCAUUUGCUCGCGCGGUUGGAGGUGAAGGCUUACUAUUGA